AUGGCGGAGAAGAAAGAGUUGGAUUCCCGGCUUUUGUGGGUGGAGAAGAGGGUGUUUGCGGCGUUUGGAAUGAAACGGCAUGUGUGGGAGAAGUUCAAAAGAGCCUUCGAAACUGACGAAAACUCAUUGAAAGCUGUGGUCAACUUCUUGGACGACGCUGAGAACCAUUUCGUCCUGUUUCAGUCGGGAAGCACACCUGACACUGUCGUUGCCUCGGUUCACGAAGUUCCCCAACCCUCUCAGAUGGCCAAAAAGAAGAACCUGUUAAUGCUGCGGGCUGAGAGAAACGUUGUCAUCACAGCUGAAAAUGUCGACUCGACGAUUCUUUGCCUAGAAGUCACUGCUGCAAUCAUGGAGAUGCUCCAUGAGAUGUGCAGCGCCGUCUACCUCAGCACUUUGUCAAACCCCGCUAAUCAAGCGGGUCUCUCACAUUUUGUAACGAAAGACAUACUUGAAAAGUACAACAGAUUCCUGGCAAAACUGCACGCAACGCUCGGGGUGAUAAGCGGGCGCACCCUCUUGCCCACACCGCCCGAUGACCUUCCCAGCGACAGUUCGACUUCAGAAAAGUUGCAUCGUUACGAGGACUCGGUGAUCAUGUGGACAAAGCAAAUUCGCCUUGUCUUGGAGAAGAAUCCUGCUCAAUCUCUGAACGACGGCCAGAAUCCGGAACCCAUCGAGGAAAUAAAGUUCUGGGAAAAUCGAGCAGCGAAUCUGGAUUCGGUCAGUGAGCAGCUGGCAGACGAGGCAGUACUCCACGUGCAAGAGUUCCUGCAACAAAAUGAAAGCACCUACAUCUCGCCCUUCAACAAGCUCCGAAAGGAACUUGAAGAGGCGCGAGAAGAGGCCAGAGAUAACGUCAAGUUCCUCUCCACAUUGAAACCCUGGUUGCUGCGACUGAUGGACGAGACGAUCGAUUUCACGACACUCGAGAAUCUGUUUGAGCCGAUUCUUCAAAAUAUUUUGUUGAUAUGGGAGUACUCUGCGUUUUACAAUACUCCGGCACGUCUCGUUGUGCUGAUGAAGCAAAUAUGCAAUGCCAUCAUUGCUCAAGCAUUUCGAUACAUCAGUGGGCAGGAAGUGUUCAAGCAUAUUCAAAACGACGACCCGAAGGAAGCCCUCGACAAACUUGGGACAGCUCUCACGGUGUGCAACAAUUUUAAGAAGGUCUAUCUGAAGUACCGGAGUCAGGCGGAAAGGGAUGGGUGCCCGUGGCAGACGAAGAACGAGGCCCUAUUUCUGCGACUGGACACGUACAGAGAACGCAACAAGGCUCUCCAGGACUUUACAAAGACGGUCGUUCAGUUCAACAAGCUGGAGAAGAUCGAAAUUUGUGGAACCAAAGGAAAGGCCCUCACCAAUAACGUUUUGACCUUGUUCGAAGAGUUCAAGAGGCUCGUCGAGGACUUUCAGCAGGUGGACUACGACGUCAUGGACGUCGACUGUACACAACUAGAUGAUCAUUUCUACAGGUUCCGCUGUAGCGUCAAGGAGUUGGAACAGAGGCUCACGUCCGUGCUGACAGCGGGUUUCGACGACAGCAACACCAUCUUGGGGCGCAUCAAGUUGUUCGAGUCGUUUGGGAGUCUCCUCGAAAGACCCAUCAUCAAAGACGAGCUCGAGAAGAAACACGCGCUCCUGCUUCAACAGUACAGACACGACGUCAAGGAAGUGCAAAAGAUUUUUAGGGAAGGCUGCACAGCCAUCACCCAGCAGACAGGAAGCGUGCCAGGGUUCGCGAACCAGCCGCCGGUGGCGGGGGCUCUCUUUUGGUCCCGCGCUCUGAGAGAACGCGUGGAGGAGCCUAUGCAGCGCCUGCUGGUCUUCAGCAAGAGCGUCCAAGAGAAACCUGAGGAGUUCAAGGAGGUUGAAAAACAGUACCUCUGUGUCGUGAGGGCCACACAGGAGUACGAAGAGGAGAUGCGCAAGGUAUGGGGCGACACGUCUGUCGAAUCGACGAAGGAGAAACUCGAGGACCUCCUUCUUCGGCGAACGGAGAACGGCCUGCUCAAGGUUAACUUUGACCCGGCACUUACGCGCCUGAUGCGAGAAGUAAAGUACCUCGAAAUGCAAGAGCUUCCAGUUCCCAGUGGAGCCCGUGAGGUGUACGCCAAGUUCGACAUCUACCGUCGGCAAACUGACAGCAUGGAAACGAUUGUUUCCAUGUACAACCAAAUUCUGACGGAGUUGCUUCCCAACGAAAGACCACUGCUUUCGGAACGCAUCGAGCGCAUCAAUGCAAUUCUCGCUCCAGGACUCACAAGGCUUCGAUGGCAAUCCUCGGAGGCAGUCGACGAUUUCCUCGGGCAGGCGAUGACUGUGGUGACUGACGUCUUUGGCAUCUGCAACACCAUGAAGGCAACCCUCCAGAAGAUCAUCGCGAUUCUCGGAAGCUGGGCAGAGAAGCCUCUCUUUGAGCGCAAACCCAAGCCCAUGUCCCCAGAUGACCUCGACCAGAUGCUCCGUGCGACCGUCUCGAUCCGUCACCAUCAGAUGAGCGAGGAGGGGAAAGAAAUCCACAAGCUUCUCAGGGACUCCGCCGAUGCACUCAAAACAAGCAAAGGUGCCCCGCAGUGGAGGUUGCAUGGCGACUUCGUCAACUCGAUUGUGAUCCAAGGGUUUACCGCCCUUAUUGUCAUCUCCAUGAAGCAGCUCUGCAAAACUCUCGAGGCAGCUAUGCAGCCCAAGCCGGAAGUCGCGCCGCUGUUUGAAGUCAAGCUCGAACUCGUCGACAACUCGAUUGAUUUCGUACCUUCGUUUGAACAUGAUAAAAAGGGAGGCAACCAAGGAAUUCGAGAUCUCUUUGACCAGUGGAUCGCCGACUUCUUCAAGUGCGCCACAACCGUCGCGCGUCUAGACACAGGCACGGGGGACUAUUUGAAUGAAGUAAAGGACAAUUUCGUCGUCAUGGCUGUGCGAUCGCGCCUGACGAAGCUGCUCGACGCAACGAAACAGAGGUUGAACGAGUAUCUCCUCACCUUUGAGGAAUACGCGUUUCUGUGGAAGAGAGAUAUCCACGACGCGCUGGAAGAAUUCCUCUCGGACGAUCCUCGAGAACUCGUCGAGGACUGGAACGACUCUGAGACCGAGUCCUUCAACCAAAUCAUGGAAGUGAUCGGUGUCGAUCCCGGCAGACCUAUUCCGGCGUUGUCGAGAUUUGACGAGAAGAUAAGCUACUUUCAGAAAAUCCGCAACGAAAUCGCAAAUUUCAAAACACCCGUCGAUAUCUGCUGGGUGCGCGUCAACGCGCAACCGACGAAGAUUCAGUUGAGUCAGUUGGCCGCAAAGUGGGGGAACCAGUACACCAGUUUUCUCCACGAUUUUUGCGUCGCGCGCAUCGACGGCAUCACUGGCUUCAUCAACAAAAUGCUGGGAUAUCUGGAUGGGGAUAUUCCCUCCGAGGACGACGAGAACAAAGAGGCGCUGUACAACGUGAUGACAAACAUCCGCGACGUCAAAAUCGCCAUCGACGCGAUCAAAACGCUCUUUGGGCCCAUUCGCGAAGAGGCGGCUUUGCUGAAGAAGCACGGCUGCUCAAUCUCGGAGGAGCGCCUGGUCGCCCUCGAGGCGGCUCCGUCCAAGUGGGAGGAAGUGGUCCGUAAGGCCUUCGAAAUAAAGGAAGCGAUUUUGCCCAUGCAGAUGCAGGAAAUGACAAACAUCAAGCAAACGUUGUCGACGUUCAGUGACGAGGUCCAAAGGUUCCGAGACGCGUUUUUGAGGGAGGCACCUUUCCGCCACGACUUUCCCCGAGCCGACGUGUACACCUGCCUCGACGGGUUCUACAAGAGAACGACCGUCAUGGAGAGCCGUGCGAAAGACUUCAACAACCUGGAAAUGCUCUUCGACAUGGCCAAGUCCGGAUACAGACAACUCAAAGACACCUUCCUCGACCUGCGACUCUUAAAGCAACUCUGGGAUGUCAUUGAGUUGUGGAACUUCUCCUUCGACGACUGGAAGUCGACCCUGUGGGACAAGAUCGACACUGACGACUUGCUGCUUCGUGUGAAAGAAAUGCAACAACAGCUCAAGGCUCUGCCAAAGGAAAUCAAGUCGAUGCGGCCUUUCUCGUGGCUGCAAGGCGAAGUGACAAACAUGCAGAUUGCGUUGCCCCUAAUCAACGAUCUGCACUCGGAGUUCAUGCGAGAUCGACACUGGACGCAGUUGAUGGCAGUAGCUGGCAAAACGUUCACGAAAGGCAAGCAAGGAGAAAGAAGAGGCGCGACUCUACACUUGACGCCUCUGCACUACCUCUCAGGCUCAGCCCAGCGAACCUUCCUCGAAAAAGUCGAGAGAGGGCCCGACUUCAGCUUGGAGGAACUUCUCAAGCUCCAGCUGCACGCGCAUGCCGACGGCGUGUCUGACAUCGUUAUCCUCGCUCAGAAGGAGGCGAAAAUCGACAAGAAGAUCAACGAGAUCUCGAACGUGUGGUCAAACAUGGCGCUUCAGUUCAACCUCGAGAGAGAAGACGUUCCGCUUCUCGAACCCCUCGACGACGUCAUCGAAAUCCUCGAGCAGCACGCCAUGGACCUCAUGACGAUGGUCUCGCAGGGAAACGUGAUCAACUUUUGCCGUGGCGCCGUCGACGCGUGGCAGAACAAACUCCGCACGGUUGACUCCGUCCUCAAGGCGUGGGUGGAGCUGCAGAAGAAAUGGCAGCGCCUGCAACCGAUUUUCAUGCAGUCCGAGGACAUCCGCUCGCAGCUUCCCGAAGACUCCAAGCGCUUUGAGACCGCCGACGGGGAGUGGAAAGACAUGAUGUUCGGCGCCGCGCAGCAGCCCAACAUCGUCGAGUCUUGCCACUUCGAGGGCCGCUUCGAGCUCCUCCUCAAACUCCGAGAAAUGAUCGAAUCUUGUGAAAAAGCCCUCAGCGAUUAUCUGGAGCAGAAGAAGAAGGCCUUUGCCCGUUUCUACUUCGUCUCGAAUCAAGCUCUGCUGGAUAUUUUGGCCAACGGAAAUGACCCUCUGAAAGUGUGCUACUACCUCGGCGACUGCUUCGACGGAAUCAAGACGCUCGACUUCCAGAAAGACCCAGUGCAUGCGCGCGUUGCGUGCGGCAUGUUCUCGAAAGAAGACGAAUAUGUCCCGUUUGGAGAAGACUACCACUUGGACGGGCCAGUUGAAACGUAUUUGGCCAACUUGGAGACACACGUUCGCAAACAGCUCCACGACAUUUUGGAAGUCGCCAAAUCUAACGCUGAGAACUGGGAAGUUGACAAGCCUCGAGAGGACUGGCUGCGCGACUACUGCGCGCAGAUCGCCCUCGUGGCGAGUCAAAUCAUCUGGACCGACGAAGUCUCGCGGUGCUUCGAGGAGUUGGAAGCCGGCUCCGAGAACGCCAUGAAGGACUACAAGCGCGUCUACGACGACCGAAUCGAAAAACUCAUUCGCCAGGUCCAGCAAGACCUUGCCACCGACCUCCGCGUCAAAAUCAUUACCCUCAUCACAAUCGACGUCCAUGCUCGGGAUGUCGUCGAAUCCUUCAUCGCCAAAAAACUCACAGAAGCGAGCUCUUUUCAGUGGCAAUCUCAGCUGCGCUUUUACUGGGCACACAAACCCGGAGAAGAGAAGACGUGCGUCGUGCGCAUGUGCGACUGGUCCACCACGUACAUGUACGAAUACGUGGGCAACUGCGGGCGUCUCGUCAUCACGCCUCUCACGGACAGAUGCUACAUCACGCUGACGCAAGCGCUCAAUCUGAUGAUGGGCGGAGCUCCGGCCGGCCCCGCCGGCACGGGGAAGACGGAGACGACGAAGGACUUGAGCAGGGCUAUCGGCCUGCCGGUGUUUGUGUUCAACUGCUCGGACCAAAUGAACUACCUGUCGAUGGCGCAGAUUUUCAUGGGCCUUGCGCAGUCCGGCGCCUGGGGCUGCUUCGACGAGUUCAACCGGAUUUCGAUUGAAGUGCUGUCCGUCGUGUCGACCCAAGUCAAGUCGAUCUUGGAUGCGAUCAAAGAAGGCAAGAAACGGUUCCAGUUCAUGGACGAAGAAAUCAACCUGAUCCCCACCUGCGGAUUCUUCAUCACCAUGAACCCCGGAUACGCCGGGAGAACGGAACUGCCAGAAAACUUGAAGGCGCUCUUCAGGUCGUGUGCGAUGAUCGUCCCCGACGUGUUGUUCAUUUGCGAAAACAUGCUCAUGUCGGAGGGCUUCAUCAACGCGCGCGCGCUCGCUCACAAGUUCGUCACGCUCUACUCUCUCUGUAGCGCGCUUCUGUCGAAGGCGCUGCACUACGACUGGGGCCUAAGGGCUGUGAAAGCCGUGCUGAGGCAAGCAGGCGCCCUCAAACGCGCCGACACGGCCGUCGACGAAGAAGUGCUUCUCAUGCGGGCUCUGCGCGACUUCAACAUCGCAAAAAUCACCACCGACGACAAACCGAUCUUCCUGCGUCUGAUCGAGGAUCUUUUCCCCGGCAUCCAAGCCCCCUCCAAGCGCGACGCGGAGUUUUGGAAGGUCGUGACAAACGUGACGAAGAAGCAGAAACUGCAAGCUGAGGAACAGUUCGUUCUCAAAUGUGUCCAGCUCCACGAGAUUCUCUCAGUUCGCCACUGCGUGUUCGUGCUGGGGCCCCCUGGAUGCAGCAAGUCGCGAGUGUGGAAGACGCUGAAUAAAGCGCUCAUCUCGACUGGCCAGGAGGCGGUCUUUGAGGCUCUCAACCCCAAAGCCGUUUCGUCGAGUGAACUUUACGGUUACAUGACGGCGACGAAGGAGUGGAAAGACGGAGCGAUUGCAGUCAUCAUGCGAAACAUGUCGAAGGAGAGAGGACGGUUCAAGGCUUCGCACCUCCACAAGUGGAUUGUCCUGGACGGAGAUAUCGAUGCAGAAUGGAUCGAAUCGAUGAACACUGUGAUGGACGACAAUAAGGUUCUCACCCUCGUGAGCAACGAGAGAAUUCCGUUCACGAGCACCAUGCGGAUGCUCUUCGAAGUCGCCGACAUGAAACAUGCGAGCCCAGCAACCGUCUCCAGGGGCGGCGUUCUCUUCAUCAACGAGAACGACGUGGGUUGGAAGCCCUACCUGGUGUCGUGGCGAGAGACGCUGCCUGACCAAAUCGCGCAGUCCCAGUUCUACUUACUCUUCGCCUACUACUUUGAGCAGAACAUCGACACAUUCCACAAAAACUUCAAAUUCAUUUGCCCGAUGAACGACAUCGCGUUCGUUGAAAGCAUUUGCUGCUUCAUCGACGCCAUGCUGUACAACAACACCAAGGAGAACAUGGAUCUUCUCAAGUCCAAGUCCCCUGACGAACAGAAAUUCGUCUAUGAGGCCUACUUCAUCGUCGCUCUGAUGUGGACUGUCGGGGGAUGUCUAGCCGACGACAAAAUCGUGAAUUAUAGAAACCAGUUCAACAGCUGGAUGCGGAGCGCGUCGAAGAUCAAAUUUCCUGAGGGUGGCCUUUGUUUCGAUUACAGAUUUGACGAGGUUUUGUGUCAGUGGAUCCCCUGGGCUCACGACCUUCUCCCCUAUCAGCCUGCACCCGAUACACUCUUCACGAACAUCAUAGUCUCGACGGUCGACACAGUCCGGAAGAGGGACUUCCUUCGACGUCUACCUGAGGAGAUUUUGUCGACGACAAUCAACAUGAACUCGUACACAGACUCGCGGACUCUGCAGGCCAUCAUUGAAAGCAACAUUGAAAAAAGGACGGGGCACUCGUACGGUCCGGCGGGGAACAAGCGGAUUAUCUUUUACAUAGACGACUUCAACAUGCCGUUUGUGGACAAGUACGACACGCAGGCGCCGCUGGAGCUGUUGCGUCAGUUGAUUGACUACCGGUCGAUGUUUGACCGCGAUUGCUUGGACGAGAGAAAACAGGUUGUCGACGUGCAGUACAUGGCGAGCAUGAACCCGACCGCGGGAUCGUUCACGAUCAGCGCUCGUCUUCAACGUCACUUUUCCGUGAUUUCCUGUUUUCCCCCUGAAGCGGACAACAUCACGCGCAUCUAUGGAUCGAUUCUGCGGCACCAUCUCUUGCCGUUUGACUCGGCGAUUCAGAGCCUCCAGGGGGCAACCGUGCAGGCGACUAUCGACAUGUUCCACUCCAUUCACGCGACGCCGGCAUUCCUGCAUUCAGCGAAGAAGUUCCACUACACCUUCAGCUUGCGAGACUUGUCGCUCAUCUUCCAGGGAGUGCUCCAGUCGAAAGCGGCCAUGUAUAAGGCGAUUGCGGGAGGCGCAACGAAGUUCAUCCGGCUCUGGAUGCACGAGGCGAGUCGCGUUAUCCGCGACCGGCUCGUCGACAGCGCGGAUGCCAAGGCCUUCGACGAGAUCCUCGAGAAAACGGCAAAAAAAUUCUUUCCAGAAGAAAAGCUGGACGUACUCCUCCAAACCCCAAACGUGAUGACUUCGUUCGUCUCAGAAAGCGGAGGCAACGACCGAGUCUACUUGCCGAUCAAAGACAUGGAACAACUCAAGCAAGUCCUGGACGAGAAGUUGGACGAAUACUCCCAAGCGUACGUCGAGAUGCCUCUGGUCCUCUUCGACGACGCCAUGGAGCACGUGGCGCGGAUCUGCCGCGUCAUCGACCAGCCCGGAGGCAACGCGCUUCUCGUCGGCGUCGGGGGAUCGGGCAAACAAAGUCUUUCAAGACUCGCCGCGUUCAUCUCGAAAAUGGAGAUGUUCCAAAUCAUGGUGAACCAGCACUACGACCGCACAGCCUUCAAAACGGAUCUCCAGGAGUUGUUGAAUAAGGCAGCGGUGCGCCCAGGGACGCCCCACGCCUUCCUUUUGACCGAUCAGCAAAUCGUCGAUGAAGCAUUCCUCGUGUUCAUCAACGAUCUUCUGGCCUCUGGAAACAUUCCCGAUCUGUUCACGCGAGAGGAACUGGACAACAUCUUGUCCACUCUGAGAAAACAGGCGAAGGCCGCAAAUGUCGCCGACACGCGGGAAUCGCUCACGCAGUUUUUCACAGACAAGUUGCGCCGUAACCUCCACGUGAUCAUUUGCCACUCUCCCGUUGGGGAGGCGUUGAGAAUUCGAGCUCGGAAGUUCCCGGCCAUCGUCUCCGGCACGGUGAUGGACCAGUUUCACCCGUGGCCUCGAGACGCCUUGGUGCACGUCGCCCUCAGGUUUAUCGGAGACUUACAGCUGCCUUCUCCGGAGAUGCACACGGUGCUCGCUAAGCACAUGGCGUCUGUGCAUCUUUCCGUCGACCCCGCGAACAAGCGUUUCUUCGAAGUCGAGCGUCGGCACAACUACACGACUCCCAAGUCUUUCCUGGAACUGAUAGACUUUUACAAGAAGUUUCUGCUUUCGAAGCGCGUAGAAAUCGACAAGAACAUCGAGCGCCUGCAGCGUGGCUUGACCACUCUGGAAGACACUCGCGUGAAAGUGGAAGGCUUGCGCGAGGACCUGAAAGAGAAAAUGGUCAAAGUCGACGAACAGAAGGCUGCAGUGGACUUGCUGAUCGAGCAAGUUGCCAAGGCGUCGGCGAUUGCGGAAGAAGAAUCCAAGACAGCGAACGAAGAAAACGAAAAAGCGAACGAGGCCGCAGAGGAGGCGAGUGCGAUUCAGCGAAAAGCUGACGAAGAGCUCUCAGAGGCGAUGCCUGCGAUGGAGAGGGCUCGAGAAGCCGUCAAGUGUCUUACAAAACCCGCCAUUCAGGAACUCAAGGCGCUGGGCAAACCUCCGGCAGAGUGUAUGGAGGUGACGAAGGCCGUUUUGAUCAUGCGCGGCGAAAUGAAAAACACUGACUGGAAAGCCUCGCAGAAAAUGAUGAAUGAUCCUGGGAAAUUCCUCGACCAAGUCCGCGCCUUCGACGCAGAGAACAUGACGCAGGAGACCGUGGCGCUGAUCGAGCCCAUCAUUUCUCAGCCGUUCUUCAACUUCGAAGUCAUGAAAGGGAAGUCGCUCGCCGCUGCGUACCUGGCGAACUGGGUGGUCAACAUUGUCACGUACAACAACAUUUACAGGAAGGUUAAGCCACUGAUGGACGCGUUCGCGCAGGCGACAGAAAGCAAGCAAAAGGCCGAAGCCGCUCUCGCCGUCGUUCAAGAACGCGUCAAAGAACUCAACGAGCGGUCUGCUGUCGCGGUUUGGGUUUCGGGUGUCUGCGUGGAGCUCCGGCCUCUCCGCCGUUUUGCCAAAACCUCCCUGUAUGUGCAACUGGGGUUCAGCGUCCGCACCUCUCUGGAGUCUCCUGGCGUGCGCGUGUGUUCUCUCUCGCCGCGUUUUCCCGGCGAGUUCUGCGCAGACCGACUGGCGAAACUGAACGCCAAAAUGCAGGAUGCAGACGAAGAGAAAAGCCGGGUGCUCGCGGAGGCGCAAGAAUGCCAGCUGAAGUUGGACUUGGCCGAACGGCUCGUCAACGGCUUAGCGGACGAAAACACGCGAUGGACAGCCAGCGUCGACCAGCUGGAAAACUCAAAGAUCACCGUCAUCGGAGACGCCAUGCUCGCCUCCGCCUUUGUCUCCUACGUCGGCGCAUUCACGUCGCCUUUCCGCGUCUCCCUCAUCGAGGAAACGUGGAAAGCCGAUCUAACGCAGAAGGCGAUUCCAUUCACUGGCGAGGUGACACCGCUGGAGGUUCUGGCCGAUGAGGCGGACAUGGCAAGGUGGCCUUUGCUGAUCGAUCCUCAGCUGCAAGGCGUCAAGUGGAUUAAGCAGAAAGAACGGGACAGUCUCGUGACUGUGCAGAUGACGCGGGAGAAAUGGCUGCAAAAGGUUUUGGAAGCGAUGCGCAACGGCGACUUUCUCCUCAUCGAGGCGGUUGGCGAGGACAUCGACGCCAUUCUCGAUCCACUCCUCUCUCGCGCAAUCGUCAAAAAGGGGCGCAUGUCGCUGAUCAAGAUCGCUGGCGAAGACAUCGAACUCCUGCCAAAGUUCACUCUGGUUCUGCAAACGAAGCUGGCAAAUCCGCACUAUAAGCCGGAGAUUGCCGCGCAGUGCACGCUCGUCAACUUCACAGUCACGCCCGAGGGCCUCGAAGAACAGAUCCUCGCUCUGAUCGUGAACGCGGAACAGCCCGAGUUGGAGCACACCAAACGCGAAUUGGUGCGCAAACAAAACGAGUUCAAAGUCGCCCUCGCCCAGCUGGAAGAUGCCCUCUUGGUGCAGCUGUCCAACGCCGACCCUGCCACGAUUCUCUCCAACACGGAACUCGUCGAAGGCCUCGAAACGACGAAGCAAACCGCCACGGAAAUCCAGGAACAGGCCGUGGAAGCGAAGAAGACCGAAGCCAAGAUUAACGAGAGCCGCGAGACGUAUCGCGAGGCUGCGGCUGAAGCGGCGAUGCUGUAUUUUCUCCUUACGCAGUUGUGGAACAUCAACCCAAUGUACCAGUAUUCUCUGGACUCGUUCGUCACUUUCCUCUUUAAGGCCAUCGACAAGACGGAUCCUUGUCCGUCGUACGCCGAGCGCUGCGCGGCCUUGGUGCAUUCGAUUCGGAAGACGGUGUUCACGUGGGUGUCUCGCGGCCUCUUUGAGCGCCACAAACUGACAUUCGUGGCUCUGCUCACCUUCCGGCUGCUCCAGCGUGGAGUGUUGAACGACGUGUACGACGCCGAGUGCUUCAACUUCCUUCUGCGAGGCCCGACGAAAGUCGUCCCAGAGAACCCCCUCGCGGACUGGCUGCCAAACGCCGCUUGGUACGCCGUCCAAAAGUUGGUCGAUGUGCCAGGCUUUGAAACGUUCGCCACCAACAUGGAACGCGACGCGCCCUCGAGAUUCAAGGAAUGGUUCCAGGAACAGCACCCCGAAGCCGUCAAGUUGCCGCUCGACUGGAAACGCCUCGAGUCUCAGCCAUUCAAGAAACUCAUGGUGCUUCGGUGUCUUCGACCGGAUCGGAUGACGACGGCGAUCGCAGAAUAUAUUCGAGCCAUCUUGCCGAGCGGCUCUGCGUUCAUCGACGGAGACGCGGCCUUGUCCUUCAAAGACAUUCUCGAGUCUUCCUUCAAAGACUCCGCCAACGCAACUCCGAUCUUCUUCAUUCUCUCGCCCGGCGCCGACCCUGUCAAGGAAGUCGAAUCGAUGGGCAAAAAGGCAGGAUACACUGCAAAUUUCAACUUCCACAACGUCGCCAUGGGUCAGGGUCAAGACACAGUGGCCAUGCAGAAGCUCGACUUUGCUCAGAAAGAGGGUCACUGGGUGAUGCUCCAAAACAUCCACCUAAUGCCGCGCUGGACGGUGGAGCUCGAGAAGAAGUUGGACGCCUUCGCCGCCGAGGGAUCUCACCCGAAUUUCCGCUGCUUCCUCUCCUCGGACCCAUGCGACUACAUUCCCAUCGGAAUUCUGGAAAGAUCCAUCAAGCUGACCAACGAGCCUCCACAGGGGCUGAAAGCGAACUUCAAACGCGCCUUCGCGUUCUUCUCCAGAGACGACUUCGACGAGAAAGACCAAAAGGCAAGCAGUCGGCCCGCUAUCAAAGCGACGCUCUUUGGUCUUUGCUUCUUUCACGCCAUUAUGCUGGAGCGCAAGAAGUUUGGAUCUCGAGGGUGGAACAUGACUUACCCGUUCUCGAUUGGAGACUUGCGCGACUCCGCCCUGGUGCUCUUCAACUACAUCGAAACACAGAAUGCGGUGAAAGUGCCAUGGGACGAUCUAAGGUACAUCUUUGGCGAAAUCAUGUACGGCGGCCACAUCAUCGAUGUCAGGGACAGGCUCCUGUGCAACACCUACUUGGAUUUCUUCAUGCAGGAUAGACUGCUGGACGAGGCAGAACUCUUCCCUUUUUGCGAGGGACACGAUGGUGUUUCUUUUAAAACGCCUCCGCCGCAGAGCUAUGAAAGGUACCUCGAGAGCAUCGAGGAGAUGCCGCAAGAGACUCCCCUGGCCUUUGGUUUGCAUCCAAAUGCAGAGAUCGGCUACCGCACCCAGCAGUGCAACGAGUUGUUCACAACGCUCUUGCAAAUGCAGCCUCGGAACGCCUCCUCAGACGCGGGAGGCGGCAACCAGGGCGGGCCAUCGCAGGCUGAGCACAUGUGCCACGAAGUCUUGGAGGAGCUGGGCGAUUCGCGAUUCGACAUCGAAGAAAUCGCCCAGUCAAUUCCCGACGAAGAGAAAGGGCCGUACCAGCACGUGUUUCUGCAGGAAUGCCAGUGUAUGAACGUCUUGGUGACGGAAAUGGUUCGGUCGUUGAAUGAACUGGAGAUGGGAUUCAAAGGCGAACUGACCAUGUCUUCGCUAAUGGAGGAACUCGCCGACAACCUCGUCCUCGACCGGGUUCCGCCUACCUGGACCAAGCUUGCGUUCCCCUCGACACGGCCCCUGGGUUCGUGGCUGAGCAAUUUGAAAGAGCGCAUCGAGCAGCUGCAAGAGUGGACGAAAGACCCGCUGACGAUUCCGAAGGUUGUCGAUCUCUCGAAGCUGUUCAAUCCGCAGUCCUUCCUCACCGCGAUUAAAGAAGUCGCUUCGCAGCAACACCAACUUGAACUCAACAAGCUGGUCAUCGUCACAGCUGUGACGAAGAAAGACGUGGCCUCUGUGGACGCCGCAGCCAGAGACGGCGCCUUCGUCACUGGCCUCUACCUCGACGGGGCGAGGUGGGACUCAGCGGCGAACUGCUUGGAAGAAUCGAGGCCGAAAGAAUUGUUCUGUGCGCUGCCAGUCGUCCACUGCAAGGCGGCAGUAGGGUCUCAAAAGGAAGACGUGGGGACGUAUAUCUGUCCGGUGUAUCGGACACAACAGAGAGGCGCGACAUUCAUCUUCAAUGCCCAACUCAGGACAAAGUAUCCUUCGGCGAAGUGGAUCAUGGGAGGGGUGGCGAUGAUUCUCGAUGUCGGCAUGACGCUGUAG